GUAGACCUACCAGGUAAAAGUCCAGUAGAACUACCAGAUAAAAGGCCACUACCAGGUAAAAGACCAGUAGACCUACCUGGUAAACGGCCAGAAGACCUACCAGGUUCAAAGCCAGUAGACCUACCAGGUAAACGGCCAGAAGACCUACCAGGUUAA